CCUAGAUAAUUCGAGGAGUAGGAAUUGCCUUUUAGUGAUUCCAUCUUAGUAGCACUGUCAAUAUGUCACGAAUGAUUACUACAGUAGUUGCGGCGUUGGCAUUUUGGCCCGCCUUGGCUUCUGCUGUCGCCGUGGCUCCACUUUCUCCAAGAGCCAACACAAAGGCUGGAUUAAGCUAUUCGGAUGUCUCUGUCUCAUUUGACGUUUCAGCUGGAGCGAAGGAGUCCAUGCCGCUCAAUCGCCAAUUGAUCUCAGUGUCAAUUGAGUUUUGCUACAGCGUCGACUUUUUAGGGGCAGCAAAAUCGCCGAAUCUCUUCUCGAAACAGCUGCUUCAGAAUGUCAUGGACAUAUCGGGAACACUUCCGAUCAUUCGUUUAGGUGGUAAUACACAAGACAAAGCAGCGUAUUGUGAAAAUUGCCCAGAGUCCAUGAACAGCACCUAUGCUCCUGGAAGUACGGAAGCAAUUGAUAUUUCAUUCAGCAAGGGCCUAUUUACAGCCAUGAAUGAGAACAUGCCUUCAAAGCAGGAGUACAUUUUUGGGCUUAAUUUAGGACGAAACGACGUCGAGGUCCCCAAGGCCGAGCUCCGCGCAGCCCUGAAAUACCUCGAUCAGUCGAAGGUUGUUGCGUAUGAGCUUGGAAAUGAGCCCGACCACUUCACUAUGGCCAGCUACGGCUUCCGGUCAAAGGACACCUGGAAUAUGGCUGCUUAUGUCCAGCAGACUCUCGACUGGCUGCCACAGCUGAGUUCCGGAAAGAGCUUCCAGUACGGAUCUAUUGCGGCGUCGCCUGCCGUCGCAUCAGACUUCACAUUAGUACAGGCACUUCAAUUCGGUGUGUCGAAGCUUAAGCAAGUAACAAUCUUCUCGUCGCACGCAUACCAAGCAGAUGUCUGCACUCCUGCCCACGGAGAACUCGUAAAAAUAGAGGAUUACGUAAACCAUAUGAAAACUGUACAGUACUACAGUGCUUAUAUUGGCGAAAUUGCAGCUGCAAAAUCGCUUGGGAAAAUAUACCAUAUGGGCGAGACGAGCAGUGCUGCCUGCCACGGUAAGGAUGGCGUAUCUAAUACUAUGGGUGGGCUAUUGUGGACGAUCGAUUACUCCUUCUAUAUGGCCACGCUUGGACUUGAUCGGAUUUUCUUCCACAAUGGUAGAGGUGACUAUUUCUAUUCGUUCUGGGAGCCUAUUGGUGGGAGUGCAUCCUCUCCUCAGCCACAUAUCAAUCCCCAAUACUACAGUCUUCUCUUCCACGCGUCCGCAAUCUCCGGCCUCAAUUCCCCACGCAUCCACAGAGUCGCCCAUCUCGACACCCACGAUCUUGCCCACUACGCCAUUUAUAGCGGCAACCAGCUGAAGAAGAUGGUCAUUCUCAACACGCAAUUGUACAACACUACCGACACGCGGCCAGCGAAACAUGUCGACCUCUUAUCUAUCUUUGGAAAGAAGCUAACGGUAAAGCGCCUUACAGCUCCGAAUACUAUUGCCAAGACAGGGGUGACAUGGGGAAAUCAGGCAGUAGAUGGGAAGACAGGGAAAUUUGUAGGAAAGGAGACCUGGGAGAGUGUUAACAAUGGGGUGGUAGAUGUGUUUGCGAGUGAGGCUGUGAUUAUUGAGAAGAACUAAGGGUUUAGUAGACAAG